GAAGACCUAACCCCGCGGCGCCCGGCCGGGAGCGGUGGCCCAGAGUCCGCGCCUCACUUCCCCCAGCCCCCGUUCCGGGCGCGGGAUCCCCGCGGCGCCUCCCUGAAAACUUUCAGGGCGCUGCUCACCUUGGCGGCCGGCGCAGAUGGUCCGCCCCGGCAGCCCCCUGGUGAGCGCCCUCGGCACGUGCCAGAUGGGCGGCCCUGGCCGGAGGAGCUCGCUGUGGUGCACGGGGGCGUCUUCUGGAGCCGCGGCCUGGAAGAGCAGGUGCCCCGGGGCUUCUCGGAGGCCCAGGCGGCGGCGUGGCUGGAGGCGGCGCGCAGUGCCCGGGUAGUGGCGCUGGAGCGCGGGGGCUGCGGACGCAGUUCCAACCGGUUGGCGCGCUUCGCCGACGGCACCCGUGCCUGCGUGCGCUAUGGCAUCAACCCCGAGCAGAUACAGGGCGAGGCCCUGUCCUACUACCUGGCGUGUCUGCUGGGCCUCCAGCGCCACGUGCCGCCGCUGGCACUAGCCCGGGUGGAGGCUCGGGGUGCACAGUGGGCGCAGGUGCAGGAGGAGCUUCGCGCGGCGCACUGGACGGAGGGCAGCGUGGUUAGCCUGACGAGCUGGCUGCCCAACCUCACGGACGUGGUGGUACCCGCGCCCUGGCGCUCCGAGGACGGCCAUCUGCGGCCCCUGCGCGCUGCCGGGGGCGAGCUAGCCAACCGCAGCCAGGCGGAGCUUGUGGACCUGGUGCAGUGGACCGACUUGAUCCUCUUUGACUACCUGACGGCCAACUUCGACCGGCUUGUCAGCAACCUCUUCAGCCUGCAGUGGGAUCCGCGCGUCAUGCAGCGCGCCACGAGCAACCUGCACCGCGGCCCCGGCGGGGCGCUCGUCUUUCUGGACAACGAGGCGGGCUUGGUGCACGGCUACCGGGUGGCGGGCAUGUGGGACAAAUACAAUGAGCCGUUGCUGCAGUCAGUGUGCGUGUUUCGAGAGCGGACAGCGCGGCGCGUCCUGGAGCUGCACCGCGGCCAGGACGCAGCCGCCCGGCUGCUGCGCCUCUACCAGCGCCGUGAGCCUCGGUUCCCCGAGCUGGCCGAGCUCGCCGACCCCCACGCUCAGCUGCUACAGCGCCGCCUUGACUUCCUUGCCAAGCACAUUUUGCACUGUAAGGCCAAGUACGGCCGCCGACCUGGGACUUAGCGUCACCCUGAGGACGGGAGAGAGACAGGGAGACCCCUGGCUGGGGGAUGGGGGAUGGGGGAAGGGCUGUCGCCUCUGCCACCUCCUGGGACCAGCCGGCCAACGCCCUGCCAGUGGUUUGAGCAGGAACUGGGCUAAGAACUUCAGUUUCACCUGCCUGCCCCUUUCUCCAAUUUCGUGCUGUUUCCUUUCAAAGUUCUGGGAGAACUCACCGAGGUGAGAAGUGUACCAUCCCCUCCACCCGGCCUAUAAAAGGAUUCUUCCCUGUGCCAGCAGGGAGUUUGGAUGGGAAGGAACUGGCUGCCGGAGUUUGGCCUCCCGGUGGCUGUCUCUGUGGGAGAUGCUUCCUACUGACCUCCUCCCCUUUCCCAAAAAGGAAAACUUCUAUCAGAGCCUUGGAGCUAAUUCUGCAGCUUCCUACCAAACGCUGUGCUGGCGGCUGGAAAGGGCUGUGACAUUGGCUGGUGGAGCCCCCUUCCUGUGUUCUCCCUUUGUUCCAGCUGGUGAUGGUGAGAUCACUGUUAAGAGCUGGGGAACGGAUCCGGAUAGGACAAAGAGAUCAGGACCUCCAGAACCUGGGGAGUCCUGCAGACCCUGACGAUGUAUCUGACUUGCUCUUUACCGCUUGUCAUUUUGGCCUGAAGGCUACAGAUGCCGAUGGGCUGUGUGCACUGAAUCACAUAAUGGAUUUCUCCCCCUUCCCCCAAUCGACCAAAAUUUUGACAAUGAUGAUGUUCACCAGAAGAAGAAAAAAUCAGUUUCAUGCACUUUACUUUGUUUUUAUUUUAAUUUUGUAUUAAGAAAAAACUUUUUUAUUUGACAAAAUUUGCCUACUAUGUAUAUAUGUGCAUAAAGUUUGGUGUAAAUAUACUAAACUUAUAUUUCAAUAAAAGGGAGUCUAAAAUUUAGAAUUUAAUUCCUGUGGUUUUAACUGUUUGAAGUAUCUGAUGUCCUGCCUGGUUUGAGAAUGACUUUUAGGGUUUCUCCCUUGUGGAU